AUGGAUUAUAUAAGGGAUGCAACAACAAAGCCGGAGUAUCUAAGUGAGGAGGAGUACAAGCAUUGGAAAGUUGUCUGGGAUAGACCUACAUUUAAGAAGAAACAAGAGAUAAAUUCUAAAAAUCGACGUAGUAUUGCUGGGCCAUCAUGUCAUACAGGAGGGUCAAUAUCUAAUGUUGAGCAUGGGAAGAAGCUUGAAUCUAAAUUGGGUCGAAAAGCCACUCCACAUGAGCUUUUUUUGCAUACUCAUACUAAAAAACAUGAUGGGGAAACUUUUGUAGAUCUCAAGUCAAAAACAAUCAAUGAUAAGAUGUUGACCUUGAAACAACAUGCAAUUUCUAUAGAAUCUGCAUCAACAAACUCAGGACCUACUCCAGUAGAUGAAUUGGCCCUUUAUAUUGAAGCUGUUGGUGGAGAGAAGAAAAGAAGAGUCUAUGGUCUUGGUUCUCAAGCAUCUUCCUAUUAUGGAUGCUCUAAUUCAAAUGUCAAUAACUCAACUGCAACAUCUACUAUGCAAAAUAAUGAAGAUUUACAAAAUGAGUUAGCAUCUGUCCGUAAUCAACUACAAAUCCAAGAAGAGCGGCAUCAACAAGAGCGUCAAGAAACUCAACAAGAGCUUCAACAAACUCGACAAGAGGUGGCUGAAAUGAGGAGGAUGUUACAAUUACUUAUAUCUCAAAAUCAAGCACCUUCUCAAAUAAAUCAAUCAGGUCAUGAUGAAGAUGUUGAUCCUACUCCACCAACUUAGUAGUUAAUGUUCUUAUCUUGUGACAUAUUUCUCGUAUUUGUUACUUGCUUGUGAUA